AUGAGGUCGAGUAAAAGGCACUGUGAAGAUUUUUCGACUGAAACGCCGAGAAAGAAGCCAUCUAGGGUUUUAAGAAUCCAAGUUGAUUCAGAUGAAGAAGUUGGUAAUAAUGAAGGAAAAGUUUUUUAUUUUCGGGUUCUGUUGCCUAAUGGAAUAACUUUAGAGUUGCAAGUACCUGGACCACCUAGUGAAAUGCCUGUUGAGGAUUUUGUUAUUUUAGUGAGGCGAGAAUACCAAAAUAUCGGGCGAAGAACAGAUUCACCUAAGCCUAGAAGACAGAUUAAUUGGACUAGCAAGGAUUUGCAUUUUGUUGAUGCUUUUGAUAACAGGAUAACGAAGACGAUGGAUUUCAGAAAGUUUAAAUCCAACAAGUCUCAUAUGCUAAGGCUCUGUGAUGGUUCAGUUGAAGCAGAUAAAUAUGAGAAUAUGUGGGACCUUACACCAGAUACUGAUUUAUUGAAGGAACUGCCUGAAGAGUAUACAUUUGAAACCGCACUGGCAGAUUUGAUCGAUAAUUCAUUGCAGGCAGUAUGGUCUAAGUCUACAGACCAGAGAAGAUUAAUAAGGGCUUUGCCUGUUGCCCUGAAUACAACUCUGAAGAAAGAGGGAAUCAGUUUCCCCUAUGAUCCUAGGGUGAUCAUUUUGAAUACACCAGUUAAGACCAAACAAGAACACAUUGGCUUCUACCUAGUUGCUAUCGCCUCUCCCCAAAGUCUAGAGCUAACUAAGAGCAGGAUUACAAUAUUUGACACAGGCCUUGGAAUGGAUGGAAGUGCUGAAAACUCCAUAGUGAAAUGGGGAAAAAUGGGAGCUUCCAUUCAUAGAUCAGCGAGAGACAGAGGCAUAGGAGGAAAACCUCCAUACUUAACGGUUGUUGCAUCAUUCCAAUACACACCUUACUUUGGUAUGUUUGGUUAUGGAGGGCCUAUUGCAUCUAUGCAUUUAGGCAGAAGAGCCUCUGUUUCGUCAAAGACGAAGGAGUGUAAGAAAGUAUACGUGUUACAUCUUGAGAGAGAUUCUUUGCUCCGCUGUUCUUCGUCUCAACAAACUUGGAGGACUGAUGGAAAUGUUAGAGACCCCUUGGAAGAUGAACUACGUCACUCAGUUGAUGGUAGCUUCACUAAAGUUGAAAUUUUUUAUCCAAAGAUGAGAAGCGAAAGCGUACAGGAACUACAAUACAAACUGAAAGAUAUAUACUUCCCGUAUAUACAGUGUGAUGAAGUAUCAAAAACAGGAAAAACUGUGAUGCCUAUUGAGUUUCAGGUCAAUGGCACUAAUUUAGCGGAAAUCGAAGGUGGAGAGGUGGCAACCACAAACUUACUGUCCUGCAAUGGUCCAGAGUUUGUAAUGCAACUAAGCUUUCAAGUAAAGGAUAGCAGUGGUUUGAAAGUUGGUUCAGGAACAAAAUCCUCCUUCGAAGCACAUGCUCGCCUGAGGUGUGUUUAUUUUCCGGUGGCGCAGGGUAAAGAGAGCAUUGAGGUGAUAUUGGAAAAGCUAGAGGCAGAUGGGUAUGGAAUUACCGAGAAUUUUGAAACUUUCAGCCAUGUUUCUGUCCGUCGGUUGGGUCGUCUACUUCCAGAUGCUCGUUGGUCUUGGCUUCCCUUUAUGGAACCAAAGCUAAGAAAAAGUGAUAGGGCUGAAGUCCUGAAGAGAUGUUGCUUUAGAGUAAAAUGCUUCAUAGCAUCACUGAGCAAUAUUCUGCUUGCAGAGACCGAUGCUGGUUUCAACCCAACACCGUCAAAGACUGACUUAGCACAUCACCAUCCUUUCACCAUUGCAUUAAGGAACUUUGGCAACAAGCCUUCAAAGAAAGAGAAUGAUGUUCUCAUUGAGAUAGCCAAAGAUGGAAAGAAGUUGUCUCUCUUGCAAUUGGAGAAGCUAUAUCAGGAGUGGCUGUUUCAGAUGCAUGAUCGCUAUGACGAGGAGAUUGACUGUGGAGAGGAUCAACCUACUUUUGUAGUUGUUGGCCCUUUACACAAGAAAGAGCUUGGCGUUUCUGCAGAUGUUAUGAGAAUUCAUAAGGCUUUCCAGAGGAAAGGCAUAACUUGGAAAGCAGGGCAGAAGGUUAAAAUUUUGAAGGGAGCUUACAGGGGUUUCCAUAAGAACAACAUUUUCGCCACAUUGGAAUUUAUUAUCCUUGAAGGAUGGCAGGGGGACUCGGGCGGUGAGGCUCGAAUUAUCUGCAGGCCAUUAAAUGUCCCAGCUGAGAGUGGUUGUCGCCUCACAUUUGAUAAAGGAUGUGCUUGCUUUGAAAUUCGUGAUUCAAAAUCUUUGCCGAUUAGUGUGAUUGACACUGGAAAGUGCUUGUCUGUUGAUAAAACAGAAUGGGAGAACCAAAUUUUGAAACACCAAGAGAAAACCACACCAUCAUCAAUCGAUAUAUUAGACGCUGAGCAAUGUUUGGAAUUGGAAAUUGAGGGGGCGCUACCUCAGGAUGUUGAUGCUGGACAUGAACCUCCAGAGGAGAUUACUGCAGUUGUUCGUCCAGUUUCUUUUACUUCUGCUACUGCAUCCAAAAAUUUGGAUCAGAAAUACAUCAUGAAAGAAAAUUUUGUGAUGACUCUAGAGAUCAAAUUUAAAGCAGAUGAGAAUGAGAAAGAACAACAUAUUUACUCUGGGCAAUUGAAUCCUUCAUCGCUUAAAGGAUUUCAUGGUCUAUAUAUGUUCCCCCUGAAGAAGAAGUUACCAAACCUUUUUCAGACAGCAGGCAUUUAUCUAUUUCGAUUUUCUCUUAUAGAAAGUUGUACAAUUUCUGUAAAGGAAGUGCGCGUGAAAGCAUUGUCUGAGCCUGCUAGUUGGGAACUUGUAAGUGAUGGGAAGAGUACACACAGUGUUAGACAGAGAAUGUCAAGACUGAUAAAAGCAAAAGAGAGAUUAACAGAUAGAGGAGAACUGCCUUAUCUUAACGUUAACACUGUUAAAGAUAUGGUUGGUUCUUGUUUUCCAGAGGUUUUCAGUGUUGCAUGUCGUGAUAGAUUCUGCAAUCGUAUACCAUUCAAGUCACAGACAGAGAUAGAGAUGAAGUUAAGCUCUGGCGGCCGAGCUAUUUCAUCCGAAUGCAGUUAUGACCAAUAUAUUACACAUGACAGCUAUACCAUGAAAUUUAAGAAUGUAACCAUUGAAAGUAGUGAAUUGGAUAUGAUUCGACCAAGUUAUAAUGCUACCUUACAUAUAAAUUCAAGGGAGAAUCCAUUUGUUGUAGCUAUUCCAUGUGCAGUUAUUCCAGGACCAUUGCAGCGUAUCCUUCUGCGUCCUGUAGAUUUUGGCAAGAAAUUGGUUCCUGGGAUGGUACUUAAGGAGCUUGCACUUGAGACAUUUGACAAAUAUGGUAACCAUAUGAGAAAAGAUGAGCACAUCAAGCUGACACUGGAAGGAUUACAUUUACUAGAUAAAGGAAAUUCUUUUUAUAAGGUUGAUGAUCAUGGGUGUGUAAACCUAAGUGGAACCUUGAAAGUAACAGCAGGGUAUGGUAAACUUGUUUCCCUUUCUGUUUUGUCUGGCGAUGAAGUAGUUUUCAAGAAAGAGUUCCAAACUGAUAGGAGAUCGUUGCGAGUUGCAUCCAAGGUACCUAAAGUUUGUGCUGCUGGUUCUCAUUUGGAAGAUGUUGUUUUUGAGGUUGUAAAUUCUGCUGGUGAAGUGGAUGAAGAUAUCGAUAGUGAAAUAGAAGAUGGCCACUCUCAUACCCUUCAGAUAAGGCAGGACUCACUGAGGGAAGAAGACAAUGUGAGAUACAGCUUCCAUCGUGGACGCUGCAUCGUCCGCUCUAUUCCUCUUCCAAAUAACGAAGGGCUUUUCUUCUUUGUAGCCAGUCACUCUCGUUUCCACGAGCUGCAGACAAGCAUAGAGGUGCAUGUCGAGAAAGCUGUAAUCCAACCUAGAAGUCCCAAGAAAGAGAUUCUGCUUCUUGAGGAAUCAAAUGGCAAAGGACCAGAAACGGUGUGUCAUGACAGCUAUGAUGGAAGAAUAAUGAUCUUCAACGAUUCAUGUGCUUCCAUGGUUCUGGAAGACAGACAACAGAAACUUGGGGAUGAUAUUUGCAGAUAUGGCCUAUGCAUCAGACAAUGUGAUGCAAAUGUGGAGUCACUUAGUAUUAAGCAAUCAAAUAUUGAGCUUGAGAUGUCCAACUUGGGAGGUAUUAAUUCAGCUGAUGCUUGGACGCAUGCAAAAGGCAGUGGAUUGCAUAGUGUGAAUGUGAGUGAAAGAAGUGUACCAAAGAGUAGGAAUAUUGAUGGGUGGGACUACCAGUUUGGAUGGUUCAAAUGUAGUCCUGACAUUUCUUUUCUGUUCCUUAUGUCUCUGGAGUUCUCCCCGACUUGUCCUUACUCUGUUCCGGUGCUAUAA